AUGGGUGUCGAUUCGAGAAAAUCAAGAGCUCCCCCUCUCCCUGCGCCAACGGAAACAAGUACUGCGGAUAGUGACGCCGAGAACGAAAACGAGACGACUGAGCUUGGAUCAAGAGUUACGGACAAGAGUACAUACACAAUCCCUGAUGACGGUGCUCCAGUCACCAUAGCUACUCGAAAGAAGAAGAAGCACGAUAGUUUAAGUAGUUUAUCAAACAACAAGUCUCAAACGUCAUUGUUGAUUGAGUAUUUUGAGGGUGGAAAAGAAGAUAGAAGUCGAAGGCCAUCGGUUCGUGUCAAAGUUACACCAUCAUCGAAACACCGAAGCAAGUCAGCUCACGACCACAUUCAGAUUACGGAAUCCAGAAAAGGUUCCCGAAGGCCAUCAUAUACCCAGCGUAUCUCCUUAUCGGAUGUCAACAGGGAAACCCACAAAUCUGCGCCAGAAGACGAAGCCAGCAUGAGUUCCUUUAGAUCGAUGACUGAAGAAUCCAACGUCACUUCCAGGAGUGGUGGUAGACCGAUCGAAGUUGAAAUAAUGAGACAUGGAAGUCCGCUGAUACCCACAGAGUUAGGAUCGAAAAGUGUUUUGUAUAAUGCUUCAGAAAUUUCAUCAAUGCCUGCCGAUAGUUUCCUCGAUGGACAUACAAGAUCUCCGGAGCGAAGACGUAGCCGAAGCUUGACUAGAGAAGAACCUUUGGUUGCCGCUGCGGCUAGCGGCCUGGCUCCUAGUGCUGGAUCGGAAAAAUCAAGAACGCCAUCACGUCGAAGAAGUCGAAGUCUGAGCCGAGAACGAAUAGUGGCACAAAAAGCCAUGUCAAAGGUUCGAGGUGACAGAUCAGAACAUCGAAGAAAGCAACGAAGAAGUCGAAGUCGAAGUGUUAGUGGUGAGAAGCUUACAGAAGGGAUCAAGUCACCACGAAGAAGAUCAAGUCGAAGCCAAGCCGAAGAAUCUUUAAUGUCCGGAGCCGAUUCGGGUCUUCUAGAUUCCCAGAUUAGUCGCAAUUCUGAUAGACUUUCCGUUAGAUCUGGAGCUUCCAAAAAUUCUUCCAUCAACAAUCCCAAGUUACUAGAGACUGUUGAAGAUGCCAUCCGUCGUCUGAUCUUACCCGAACUAUCAGCAUUGAAGAGAGAAUCAAGUAAGCGUACAGAGCGUCGCAGUUCUGUCGGAAGUGGUAUAUCCAGCAUUUCAGGAGGGCCAAAGGUUACACUUAAUGAUGGAGAGGUUAUCUCGGGGAAGAGCCGAAGAGACCAGGCGAGGGAUUCGGACUCACCACGAAGUUUCGAACGGGGCGCAUCGGAAGAAACUGUUGUGCAUAAUGAAAAGGUGAAGAAGAAGAAGAGUCGAGGUCUUGAAACCGCCGCAUUGGGCGCUGGGGUGGGUGCCUUGACAGCAGCUGCUUUACAGAAACAUCAAUCACAAGAAUCGGUAAUUGAUGAAAAGAAAGAACGACGACGCAGGAGAAAAAAUCACAGCCGUGGCAACAGCUUAGGGGGCGAGCUUUCACCUACAGAAGAGAGAGAUAGUCUUAGUCUGGCGCCUCCUAUGCCACUAAUGAGCGCGAUCAACGCAUCCGAUAUCACCAGAACCUCGAUCUUAUCAGCAGAGUCUGAAAGGCCUCACUCCGCUAGCUCACAGCGUGUGACUCCUGUUCAAGAGGUGACUGCUCGAAAAGACGUUACUUCGCCAGCUUCUCGAACACCAAAUCGAACACCGAUUAAUCUGCAACACGGCUUGGGUACUCAGCAUUCCAACUUCUCCCGUGGAAACCUUAGUCUUCAUAGUCAAAAUAGUGACCAGCAGUUACGUGGACAGGAAUUUGAAUUGGAUGAAAAUGGAAGAAAGGUACCCAUGCGGGAAUUCUACGACCACGGUCUCGACGAUUCAAUGGGUUCAGAGGAACACAACGGAGGUCAGUCGAAUACAGUUAAAGCUGGUCUUGCUGGUGCUGCCGCGGGCGCUGGUAUGGCGGCAAUUCAUCAUCACAACGAACAGGAUACCCCUGAUGAUGAAGAUUCAGAACUGCUUGAAGCCGAGCCACAACAUCCUUAUUACCAAAACACCCAGGAAGUACCUCCUCCACUCAGAUACGUUCCUUACGGCCACGAAAGACGUGGGCUGAGUCCAAUCCAGAGUGUCUCAGGCUAUACCGAAAAUGAAGACGGGCCACCUCAAGAUCAACGAGACUCCAGGUUGACUCAGAGCACCGCGUCAUACUCCUCAUUGGCAAAGACUGCUCAGCACAACCAGUCCAUGAAGUCACUUGAAUCCUCUGAAAAUAUUCAAAACCGUCAUGACUUUUCGGAAGUCCGAACAGGUGGACUGUCUGAUUCAGAGCUUACCCAAGAUGGAGAUGUCCAAUACUGGGAAGAACAGCAUCAAGAGAAUGAUCGAAAUCGCGAUUUUGACUCCGAAUUGAGCCUUGAAAACAAGCGAAUGACCAACUUUACCGACGACAGCUUUGAUGCUCGAGAUGUCUCAACUGGUCAGAAUAUUCAGGGUGUCGGCGGGAAACCAAAUUUCGUCAAUACACCCAUAGGAGUCGAAUCGCAUGUUGCUUCAUUGGUUAAUGCUUCUGAAGUCACCGGUACUAAUUCAUACCCCGGAAGCAGUAGCCAGGUUAAUCGCAAGGCUUCAUACGAUUCUUUUGACGAUGAGUCGGAAAGAAACUUCACAAGCCGUGGCGACAGCCCUGCGAAAUCACAGAGCCCUACGAAGUAUGACAAGGAGUAUGAUAUCGAUGAGAAUGGAAGAAAGGUUGAGAUGUCAAAGGCAAAUACCAAGGAGAAGCUGGGAGCUGGCGCGCUGGGAGCUGCAGCUGCAGCACUUUUGGCCAAGGCCCGUGAAAGAAUGAACAACAAUAAUGACGCAGACAAUCUCAAGUAUGAGGAACGCAAAGAGGACACUGGAGCACCACUACAGAAGUCAUUCAAGGAUCGUACAUCAGACGGACAAAAACUUUCUUCUCCUCGCCACAGUAUUGACAACCUGAGCGAAAUCAGUCAAUUGACUGAUCAACCUAAGAUGUCUGCAAGUGGUCUUCCAGAUAUGCAUGACCCAAUGCCUGAGAUUGGUUAUGGAGAUGAUGCAUCGGAAGUGACAACAAACCCAUCCAUCAUUCAAGGGCCCAUUGGCAGUACUCAACAAGGAAGUCGUGAUCACUGGCCAAAUCAAGUUACUCCACCACAAGCUAAGCGUACUCAGAGCUCCGACUCUGCAUCUGCUCUUCAUGAGGCAGAAGCUGCAUUGAUUGAUGCCGCUACUGGCGCAGGAGUUUCUGCUGCUGUGGCUGGCCACAGCAGAGAGGUCAGUGGUGAGCAUGAGGAUGAGUGGGGAAGAACUUCUGGAGAAAGAAAGCGUGAUACUCUCGUUACAAAUCCCUAUGAAGAUACAAGUCCAAUUGCUGCUCUUGGUAAUGGUACCGGCCUUGAUCGCGAGCUUUUGAAUCAAGCUGGUUUCCAAAAUGCCAGUCGAGCAUACAAUGACAAGCUCUACGCUGGUAGUCCCAACGGCUUACACAAGGAUGAGGGAUACAUCUCAUCCGCUCCCAAUGCUCGUUCAGCUGGCGGUCAGACUCCAGAACAGCACGUCAACAAAGGAAAAGGAGUGGACUUCAUGGAUCAUGAAUUAGGGAAUGCAACAGAUGCAUUGAACGGUGACCAAUUCCAUCCUGGCCACUCUCGACAUCUUAGUGGUAUGUCACAAGGAAUGGGAUCUCCAUUAUAUGACAGUUCAACUGGUAACGGUAUUGAUCGCAUUCAAUCCAAGGAUAUCGUUGCUUUGAUGGAUCAUCUCACUGUUCGCGAUGCUCAACGUAGUGCUCGUGAUACAGAAAUUCUCGUCACCCUUGUUCGAGCCGCUGCUGAAAUGAGAAAUUCCUUUGAGGAUAUGAAGAGAUUGCUUGCCGAUACUGAAGAUGUCAUUAUCACAGAAGUACAAGGUAAUACCGAAAAGUCGGUUCAAAAAGUCAUCAAUGGGCCACGACCUCUACCUCAAAGUGCACCUCGCUCAAUUAGAUCCGCCGAGUUGUAUGAAGAUCUCCCUACGAAGCGAAGAAAUGUUUUCCGCAGAGCUUUGAAAGGUCUAAGCAAGAGAAGUACAAAUGAUCUUGGAAAGAUUGAAGAUAUGCUUGUUCAAUUACUUGGUGAUGUUGAAGGUCUGAAAGUUGCUCAAGGUCUUCAGAAUGGUACUUUGGAUUACGAUGAUUUCCCUGAAGGACGCUCUGAACAAGAUCGUGGUUAUGUACCUGAGGGUAAUGCCGGUACUUCUACUGCAAGCCACGGAAGUCAAUCUGGACCCCUUUCCAUCCAACCCUCCCAAUCUCGCAACACAAACCGAGGAUUUGAUGGACGUAAAUUUUCGGAUCAUCGAAUUAGCACAGUACCUGAAGAUGAUGAGGAUGAAGAUGAGGAUGAGCUUAGUCCACACGAGCAGGAAGUUCUUAACAACCAAUUUGAGAAUGAUGCGGAUCUUCUCACUCCAACUCGUGAGACUUUCCGCGAACGUGGAGAGUCUCUGCCAUUAGACACACCUCCUCAACAAUACAAGGCAUCUGGUUCUUUAAGCAAUGAUAAUACUCCUCGGACUGAGACGGAUAAGAACAAGAAACACAAGUCAAGUAGUUCUUCUGGUUGGAUUCCUAAAGUAUCUCGAUGGUCUGAGACUACCGCAUCAACUGUGUUUAAGGGUUUCCGAAAUAGUGGUCGUAAGAGCGGUAGCAAGGAGCCUGAACAUUACAAUUCACCUCCAUCAAGAUCGGACUCUGGACUUGGCACAUAUCAAACCGAACAAGAACAAACUGAUCAAGACCGAGAGCGAGAUUAUGAUCAUGAUAAGUUCAUUGAGCCUACACGUGUUGAAUCACCUGCGACCCCCAGAUCUGUUAGAUCACUCGCUAGAUCCGAUGAUAAAUUACACUCUGGCUUCUCUUCAGAACAACUUCAUCAACAAUUUUUGAAGGAGGAGAUCCCUCUCAGUCUUCUACCUGGUGUCUUGCCAGGUGUCGAAGAUCCAAAAUAUAAAGCUCAUCGAAAUUCCUUGAACCUUCAACAUCCACAACCUCGUCAAGGUCCAACACACCGUUACCAAACUCAUCUUGAAUCACAAGCUCAAAACUUUGAUCAACCUCCACCAAUGUCUCCUUCAUCCAUCAAUUGGGGUUCAUCAACUAGCAUCAAUCGUUUACCACCUAACGCAAACCAUCGUUAUAGUCAAGCAACAACUAAUACUGAUGGAAGACUCUCCCCAAUUUCUGAUGGUGGAUAUUCAGAUCGUUCUGCUUCAGGUCAAGCUCCUGCCAGACCUCCCAAGGAACCAAUAGUUCCUGAAAAGCCACUCAACAUUCGCAACAAAUCUGCCAAACCAAGUCCUUUGAGUAAUGAACAUUUGCAAGAUGAUAAUGGGGAUGCCAAUCCUCAGUCUGCUUCUAGAAGAUUGAGUGGUGCUUUGGGUGUUCCAACGAGAAAACCUACUGGUCCAAGAAGUAUGAGUGUGACUAGUAAGGGUGGAGAAUUGAGUAGGGAUGAGACAGUUAUCAGAAGAAAUGUUAAGAGAAAUACAUUUGGUAGUAUUGCCAGCAAUCAUAGUGGCGAGUCAGAAACUUUUUAA